AUGAACGCUCCAGAGAGAUUCGAGUCGUUCCUCCUCGGCGAGGGAGAGCAGAAGGUUGAGGUCGAGCCGGAGACCCGCGUCCCGAAUGCCUCCAUGUUCACCUUCAACAAGGAGGAUCACACCCUCGGCAACCUCCUCCGCGCGAAGCUCGUCAAGUCUGAGCAUGUCCUCUUCGCCGGCUACCAGGUCCCUCACCCUCUCUUUGCUGUGUUCAAGCUGCGUGUGCAGACCGACGGCGAGAUCUCGCCAAAGGAGGCCGUGGUGGCUGCGUGCAGGGAUUUGGUGGCUGAGCUGCAGCAGCUCGACCAGGAGUUCACCAAGGAGUGGGAGCUGAAGAAGAUUGCUGGCGCUGGUGCGGACCUUUGA